AUGUUGCACAACGCACUCCUGGCCCUCUUUUCUCUGUUGAGUUUGGUGCGAGCCGUGCAGGUCAUCGGACCUGAAGGCGAGCUGGUCAUCAAGAACACUGUCGUAAACCCGGAUGGCUUUGAACGAGUAGCGAUCACUGCUGGUGACGACUUCAUCGGUCCCAUUAUCACCGCUCAGAAGGGCGACAGGUUCAAGAUCAAUGUCGUGAAUCAACUUUCGAACGACACCAUGCUUACUAGCACCACUGUGCAUUGGCACGGUAUCUUCCAAAAAGGCCAGAACUCAAUGGACGGUCUUGGCAUGGUCACCCAAUGUCCGAUCGCGCCGAGCACCAACUUCACCUACGACUUCACCGCGUACGAGCAGACAGGGACAUACUGGUAUCACUCCCAUAUUGGUGUCCAGUACUGCGACGGUCUUCGUGGUCCCCUCAUCAUCUACGAUCCAGAGGACCCCUUUUUGGGCUGGUACGACGUUGACAAUGCGUCAACUAUCAUCACCCUCGCGGAUUGGUACCAUGUUCCAUCCCCCCAGGUUCCUCGGCAGGUUGUCCCUCAGACGGCUCUCAUCAACGGUAUGGGAUCUUACGUUGGUGGACCGUCUAUGCCGAACGCGGUCAUCAACGUCGAGUGGGGAAAGCGCUACCGCUUCCGCCUGCUAAACAUUGCGUGCAAGCCCAACUAUAUCUUCGCCAUCGACGGCCACCGGUUCACAGUCAUCGAAGCCGACGGCGAGAACGUCGAGCCAUACCAGGUCGACUCCAUCCAGAUCUAUGCUGCUCAGCGGUACUCGUUCAUCAUGCAAGCAGACCAGGAACCGGACAACUACUGGAUUCACUCUGAUUCCAACACUGGUGCAAACGCGACCGCCAUCUUGCGCUACAUUGGUGCACCUGACGCAACCCCGAUCAACCGCACGACGCCAAGUAGUUUCCCGCUGAACGAAACAUUCCUCAAUCCACUAGUGCCCGAGUCGUACCCCGGUUUCCAGGACCCCGAGCCGGAUAUUAGAAUUAACCUCGUGCUCAACAAGAACAUGACGAAUUACAACUACCUCAUCAACGGCGCCCAGUACUACCCACCCGACACGCCCAUCCUUAUGCAGCUCCUCAGUGGUAAGACGCAGGCGUUGGAUCUCAUUCCCUCGGGGUCCAUCUACACUCUUCCACGCAACAAAAUCGUUGAGGUCUCGAUGCCCCCCGAUGAUGCACCCGGUCGUCCCCACCCCUUCCACUUGCACGGUCACAAGUUCGGUGUUAUUCGCAGUGCGGGUUCAACUAGUUACAACUACGUGAACCCAAUAAUGCGAGACGUCACGAACACAGGCGUGGCAGGUGAUAACGUGACGAUCCGGUUCAUUACGAACAACCCAGGCCCCUGGAUGCUUCACUGCCACAUCGACUUCCAUCUUUAUGUCGGAAUGGCUGUCGUCUUCGCCGAGGCGCCGGAAGACGUCCCAUCGAACGACCCCGUGAACGAGGCGUGGCAGGACUUAUGCCCCGUCUAUAACUCCUUGCCGAACCAGACGUUCCCCUUCCCGCCUGUUAACACCUCCAGCUAA